UGUAACUCCGAACGCUUCCGGUCGACACACGGAGCAAACGUGACUUACAAUGACACUAACGUGACUUUAAUUUGGAUUUACUGUUAUUUUUCGGCCUUGAAAUAACAUUGUAGGGGUAGAUUAGUUGCAGAUGGUAUAAACGCAGGUGUGUUUUAAUAACGUUCAGCUACACUCGGUGUUGUUUUGCGGUGAGCAGCGGUAACCUUGGAGUGGAGCGGGAUCCCAGAAUACAACAUGUCAGCUCUCUGUAGGGGUUUUAACUUCUUAUCGGUCAAGGCCCUGACAGAAGCUCCAGUUUUGUCAUCCUGCGUGUGGACUGUGUCGGCGCGCAGCAAAUUUUCCAAAGCAAGAAUUCCAAAAGAGCAUUUUGCUGAGCGAUCACAAGAGCAUGAGAAAUAUGGAGGUGAUCCAGACCAGCCUCAUAAACUGCACAUAGUGACACGAGUCCGGAGUGUGAUCCGAAGGCCAUACUGGGAGAAGGACAUUGUGAAGUACUUAGGGCUGCAAAAGGCUCAGGUUCCUGUAAUUCACAAGAAUACACCUGCAGUUAAUGGGCAACUGAAGAUUAUCAAACACCUUGUGAGGAUACAGCCACUGAAGACUCCCUCUGGGCUUCCUGCUGAACAGGACAUGGCCGACACUUACAUCAACAGCAAAGGAGAGCUGAUAGUACGUCGCCUCCUCCAGCCUGUAGACCAAAAGGCAAUUGAAUCCUAACUUUGCUCCCAGUCGUAUCAGUUAAUGGUUCGGUUUUUCAUUUAUGUCAUGUGUGCUUCAUAGCUUCCUGUUCUGAUUCUGAUUAAGUCUGUGGCAUCAGGCAGACUUUAGAGGGACUGCAUGGAGGGUGUUUAGAAUUUUUGGACGUUAAACCUCAGAUGACAAUGAGAAAUGCUGUCAUCAGCCUGUCUCACAAGUCCUUCAGCAAACAAGGAGUUGUUGUCCUGAAGCAGGACUAUCUGUUCCCACUUUAUAUUUCAUGAUGAUUUAGUAACACGUGAUGCCUCAGAUUCUUUAUUUAAUCUGACUGAUUAAACUAAAAAAUGAAAAGCA